AGCCCUCACACCGCAGCUCCUUUUCUUUUCAUUUUCGACCGAAAUUUGUUCUCUUCCCAAUGUAAUUCCCUGUUACCUCUCUCUUCCCAUUCUUUUUGGUAUUUCUUCCUCCUGCUUAUUAUUGUUUCAUGAUAGCUUUCCCUGCGAAUAGAAUAUCUAGAAACUACUCAAAUUUUUUUGUGGUAACUCUAUGAAAUUAAACACGUGCACUCAGACGCACGCGAUUAUGAAUGAAUGGCAUCACCACGAAUGAGAUUCCGUGUAUUGAGUAAUACAUUUUACCCGCUAACAAAGUUGAUGUCGUCGAUGAAGUGCGCUAUCGUGGACGCGGACCACGUCCGUUCUAGCUGUAGGCGCGCAGAAGAUCGCCCCAUCACGCUCAAAAAUGAAAGGAUGACAGAGGAAGAACGAUGUUAGUCUGUCUGUGGGUGACGGGCUUCGUGCUCGCCAGCGUCCUGGUGCGCUACGCGCCACGAUGUUGCAGCGGGUGUGUGGAAAUGCUCAGAAAAAGGUGGUUUUGGCUCUUUUUCUGGACACAGGUUUUUUUCCUAGUUCGAGAAUGGAUCAUCAUAUCUCUGUUGUCGGAAAGUGGAUGGACAAUACUGCUGAUGGCUUCGCAUGUAGCAAUGGCUUUCGUAGCAUUAGUGACGUUCGCGGAACUGUGGCAGCUGAGUCAUCUGAGAAAAUACAGUCCGACGGCGAUUGUUAUGAAGAAUUGUCUUUAUUUUCGUAAAGGUAGUUACUAGUUAUAACUGUAGUACCAUCAAAUAGAGUUUGGCGUUGAUUAUAUUGAUCUAAGUUUCUACAAAAGAACGUUUUUCGACACUCCUGCCCCCUCAUUGAUGACCACUUGUUCUCCUGCUUCUCCUCUAACGUGCACCAAAUUCUCGACAUGGUUUUACUGCCAUCGAACUACGGUUUAUUGAUGGCACACACGGUUCGUAUUCUUGGGGAAAUCGGAAUUGGAUCACUGCUUGACGACUACUUGCGGGACAAGAGCAGCGGUUCAUCUAGUGGCAGUGCCUUGUCUGCGGGUGCUGGUGUUGGCAGUGGCGGUGGUGAUGCUGUUGCUGGUGGCCCACCCAAUGAUGUCAGUGCUUCACCACCAAACUUCAUGAUGUUUAAUCCUUUUGUUCCUCAGCAUGGCACAUCAAAUAAUGGAUCAUUAUAUCAUGCAGGAAUGCCAUUGUACACGUACGGAGGAUCCUCGUCAUCGACAGCUAGUACUUAUAGCCUACCAACAGGACCACAUCAAUACGUUCCACAAAACGAUCACUAUUUCUACAAUAGUGAAUGGCACCAGGGAAGACGACAAUACAUGCACGAUCUGAGACAACACUGGCUUGGAGGGGAUGAGAGCACAGUGUCUUCAUCUGCAGCAGGAGGACAUGGGUUGUAUUAUGGCGGAAGUGGAACUAGUCCAAGUGUAGGUGGAACUUCAACAUCAUCAUCCAGUUCUUCAUCUCCGAGCUUCCUCACUCAAAUAGCCAGUACCGUGCUCAAUAGCUUCCUUUUCCAAGAUUCCUUCGUCUACUACACCAACCACUUCAACAACCGGCCACCGCCCUCAUCUUCCUUUCCUUCGUUUCCAACGACAGCUACGCCUCAAUCGUGGAAUGCGAACUCCCUCAACAACGCCUGGUCAGCAACGUCAUUCGGCGGAGUGCCUGAUGACUACUUUGGGUUAUACCAAGAUCGUGGACCUGUUGUUAGCGAUCAUGUUAUGGGUACCGUCAACCCAUCUUUUACUCUAAUAUCUUUUAGCCAGUUCCUUCAUCUAGGAACAAGAUGUUCUAAAUAAAGAUAGGUAGUUGGCGGUAGUACUUCUAAUAAUGUGGUGCUCCAGAGAAACGAAGAGAUCAACACGGCAAGGCUAGCGGUUGCCGAUAUGACCAUCCAAACAGCCGAUAUCUGGGAAGCUUGGGCUCUGUGGAGUGUCUUGAAAAUGUUUACGACCAUUGUGGAUAACGUAGCGAAAGCAGCAGCGAGACGGAAUGCUCAGCAACUAGAGGCGAUGAAGAACAGCAGAACUAAAACAGGACAGGAACGGUCAGGAGGAGACGAACAUUGGACCAUAUCAAAUACGGAUCAAGGUGGAUUUUCUGGAGGCGAAGCAGAUGUGUCAGCUCGCACAACACAGCGUGAUCGCUUACGUGGUGAUGGCUCUGGUGGUGGUAAUUUGCAACGACCUUUGCUGGACUCCAACAGAAACAGUCCCAAUACAGAGGAUGAAGCGGAUUUUGGCACUGGAAACAAAGGCAGUAAAGAUAGUACAGCAGGAGGAGCUUCAUCAUCUACUGGAGAUACAAAUGCCGGAGCUCCUGGAGGUUUCUUUGCCAGGCUCUUUGGUCGGCGGGCAGCGGAUGAUGGUGGUACCACUACGGGCUCCGCUCCAGGAACAGCAAAUAGAAUAGAAGGCGACAACCGGACUGGCGGACCGACCGGCGUAGCGGCAGUGUUGCCGAAUCCAUCCCUCGCGGAUCGUGCGGUGACGUCGUUCCAGCGCUUCUGCCUAGCUGUUUUACAGCUCUACGUGCUUUUUAGCAUGCUCUCGAAUAUCCUGGAGGUCAUGGUGAAGGGCAUCCUGGGCAUCCAUUUUCCAACCUUGUGCCCUUACAUAUUGCAGACCUGCGAAUACUCCUGUAUCACGUUUUGUUAAGGCUGGCAGUAGUGGGUUUUGAGUUUGUUCAUCGUAAUUUAAAAAUGGUUGAAGAAGCUGUGUCAUCUCAUCUGUGUCUAAGAAACGACGAGGCUUUCGCAGCCUGUAGUUUCGUCGCCACAAAACAGAAUAAAUAAUUUUCAUCGAUUGCCGUCUAAUCCGCGGACGACAAUGUCGGACCUUACCAAGCCUUGAUCAUUUCACUGCUCUGCACAGCCGCUAUCUACUGCGUAUUCGUCUUUGAAGGCGCCUUCCAUGGAGAGCUGUCGCUUCUAGACCCUUAUUGGAAGUUUUUUGGCGUCAAAGGCGUAGUAUCCGUUACCUGGACACAGUGGCUGGUCAUUCGCUACGCCAUCUUUGGGUUUUACUUGCAGUUUGAAGCUUACUACUUCUACGCCUUCCUUUGCGUUAUGGAAAUCCCCAUUCUUACAAUCAUCCACGCCUUCUUCGCCUAUCCAGUGAACAACAUCUAUCUGAGCGUAUCACCGGAAGCCGCGAAAAAGUUCCUCUUGGAGCAGUCACAGGCAAUGCAGCGAGCGGAAGGCAAAGCACCUCCGGGGCCGCGGAAGUCGUCGCGUCCUAGGAAUAAUUAUCUUCGCGCUGCUGGAGGAGGUAGUAGAAUUGGCGUACCUGCUUCUACCGGAGGGGCUUUCGUAGGUGCGACAUUCUUGACAAAAUCUGCCACUACAUCAGGGUCUCCAUCAGAGAUGCUGCCUUCACCCUACGGUCAUUUAGAAAUAGAGAAUAUGGCGCCAGCAGCUGGCGCUCGAAAUUCCAUUGGGGGAGUUUUGCCAGCCUACCCACCAGCAGAGCUAGGGAAUUACGUAGUCGCUGGAAGCAAUCUGUCCCUGGCACAGCCAUCGUCUAGUGGUUCAGCCGGUAACAACAAUAGACCAAAUGGUUCUGCAGUGGGUGGUUUAGGUGGAGGAACUUACGACGGGGGUGGAACGGCUGACGAGGGAGGAUAUUAUUACUAUGGGGCUGAUCCUUACGGGGAGUCGGGAAUUAGUGCUCGUGGUGAUGAAGACGCGGAUGCUUCACGGCCAGUCGUACCUCUGCGACAGUACGUGUAUCAAACUGUGAUGUCGCGACCGGAGGAGGACAUAAGAGCUGCUCCUAACAAGAAAAUCGUCUUCGCAACCGACAGCUGGAUUCGAUAUUUGAUAGAAACAAGUACGCCACUGAGCAAUAGGCCAGGUGGGAGCAGCACUGUUAGGCUACGGAAACGUGGUCUUAGUUUCGUUCGACCACCGGACAGAGCAACGACGCGAACAUUCAACGCGUUUGACGUUGGAGGCAACAACUUGUCUGCGAGACAACGAAGCGGGAGUAUCCCUAGAAGAUCUGGUGCACCAGGGCCACGACAGGUGGUGCCACAGUUAGCUCUAGCAGGCGUAACUUCACUACCUGCGGAUACAGCGGCCAUAUUAUCAUCCGCUUCUAGUGGCAAGGGAGGAAGCGGGUCUGAGGAAGUGAUGAGUGAGUUUAUUUACCAGCAAGGACAAGGAGGUCCUUGUUCGACUACAUCAGGAGGUGCAGGAGUAUCAAAAGGCUCAUCAUCUUCUACAUCAGGAGUCAAUAAGCCGUUUGUCGUUAGUCCUCGAACCAACAUGGUAGGACCUAUCAUCAUGGAUGCUGGCAGCUCAAGCGCUGUUUCCUCCGACGAAGAGGAGGAGGAAAAGGGAGACUCACAUGUAGUUGUCAAGAACCGGUUAGCGUCAGGAAUCGAGGACGAGACUUCAUGCUUGGGCCGUGUUGCAUCUUCAAUCAUCGGUGGUGUUGUUUGCGCCCCUUGUCGGUGCAUUCGCAGACGUGUGCCUUGCCUGGGAGGUGGUGCGGACGAUUCCACAGGUACAUCGGGAGAGCAGGCAACGCAUUCGGCAUCAUCUUCGGCUACCAGUCUCAACAAAAGCGGGGGUCCUUCUCUAGCAGGUCAAACACCCUCUUUCACUUAAGGGUAGGUUAAAGGUGCUUUUCUUACCGCUUUUUAUGCCUCUCCUAAGGGAGAAAGGCAUAAAAAGCGGGGUAUUAAGCGAGCACCAAAAACCUACCUCUAAUUCACCUCUGCACGGGGUGGAGCCAUUGUGGGGGAAUCUGCAUCCUCAUCCUUUCCAGGAGGUGGAGGUGGAACAGAUAGAGAUAGUACGUUUCCGACUCCUGCAGCAGCCGGAGGUCGACUUGUACCUGCCGGAGGAAAAUCUACGCCAGGCCUCGGAGCGAAUUUGUUGUCUUCUGCUAGAAUGAGAUCCGAUUCCAAUGGCUUAGUCUCUUCGGCUGGAGGUGAGCAAAACACUACCUCAGCUGCUGUUGACACCACAACCUGCUACGAACGGGUGGUCACAGCACGGCGGCUCCGCAACUGCCGAAAGUGCAUCAAACGGACCAUCAUUUUCUUAGCUGUGAUGUUCGUGAGUCUGCUAUUCAUGUUGUGGUCACUGAAAGCUGACAAUCGGCAGGACGUAGGAACGGUGUUCUGGUAUACAGUAAACUGCGUUGGAAGCUUUCCGACAUUGCCUCACACCUCAAUACUCGGCCAUGAGCAAAGCGCCAUCUGUUCCCGCACGCCUCUAGCCUGCCAUGUGGGCUACCGCGGUCAGCCCAGUGUCACUUGCGAUCCUAGCCUUGCUUUUCGCGUGGAAGGUACGUGUACGGUAGUCGGCUGUGGCGCGCCACCUAGGAUACCGAAUGCUAGUCCGAUCUACAAGGUUAGCUCUGACGACAACGGGAACAACGGGAUCCACUCUGGAGACCACCAACUAACCAGAUUGCAAGACGGAUACAACAGUUUGAAUGACAAGUUUGUCUGGAAUGCGGGUGAAAUCGUGCACUACACUUGCAAUCCGGGAUAUACUGGGUCGGUGCAAGCGAGGUGUAGUCCUUCAGGUGCGUUUUCGAUUGAAGGCAGCUGUGAGCUAGUCGGUUGCGGGGUGCAUCCUCCACAGUUGGAACAUGCGAAAGCAAUAGCUGGUGGCAACCGACACGGGCACUCACGACCAAAGGGGGACCACGAUCAUGAUGAUCUUCAAGGAACAGGACACCAGAUUGCAACAAGCGUCGCUGCACAAUUACCGACUCCUGCUUCUCCUCCAAUUUGGCAGUUUCCUCAAGUUGUAAUAGCUCAAGAUGAGAAAGUAGUAGAAGAGUCGAACUUAGAGUCGAACUUAGUCGAGGACAAGAAGGAGACAUGGUCAUCGUCAUCGAACGACGUCGUGAAUGAACAAGAGAAAGAGCCUGUUGAAAUUCAGAUCGAUCAGAGGACUAAAGACCAAACAUCUACUUCAUCACCUAGCAGAAGUCAAGAUGUCAGAGAUGAAAAAACAAGUUCCGGAGCGACAGCUUCAACAUCUUCAUCAUCUGCAGAAGACGCAUCUUCCAGAGCCGCAUCAGCUGGUGACGAUAUUCCGUCAAAAGGGAAGAUGCACGGCCAUUCAGAUUCAUCUCCUGAUGGUGAUAAAAGGAAGAAGGACACCAGUAGAGAAAAUGACGACUCAUUUACUUCCAGUACCGGUACUAGUUCAUCUUCUACCAAAGACGUAGAUUAUAAAGAGGGCUCACCCGUGACAAACGGCACCGUGACUCUAAAAAAGUCGUAUGCAGGAGAGCGGAUAGUGUUCGAGUGUGAGAAUGGCUAUACAGGCGCUCCAGUCGCAGAGUGCAGGAACGACGGGCAUUGGAUUACCACAGAUCAGUGCAAGCUCUUCACGACAACAUUAGGUUGUCAUUGCCUACCCCAGUGGAUAUCCUGUGACGACUCUCUGCUUGGCACAGAUUGCUACCUGAACUACGGAUGCAAGCAUGCUGGGUAUUCUACUUUUUACUGCUAAAUUCUUGUAGACAGUUUCGAAGUGCUGUGGCCAGCUAAUUAUUAUGGUAGUAUUUUAGAGUUUUUGACUCAACUCUGGUAGACAGUUUCGAAGUACUGUGUUGACCACUGCUUGUAGCUUUCACUGUUGUCUGCUCUGAUUGCAUCAUCGGCCCCGCUUCUUCUAUUGUGCCCAACCAAACACCUUCAGCGCCUCUUACCAAUGGUGCCGUGUCGAUCCAGCUUCGUGCCCGCUGGAGAGCGCUGUUUCUUUCCUCAGCUUUAAUCUUUUCCCCGGCUGGGACUAUUGUGUGGACACAGAAGAGCGUCCCAACGACGAAAACAACCGUAAAAGCGUUGACAGCAUCGGCAUUGACCCAUUGCGUGCUGCGGCAGACGCUGUACCGCAUGAGGGGUUCCUCUUAGUUGUGCCAGCUUUGGUGUUAAUGGCAGUGUUGCUCAUCGGAUGUUUCUUCUAUGGUGCUUCUAGGAACCACGAAAGUAUUCGAGGAAGUGUAGGAGUGUUUGGCUUCGGAGGCGACCGUGAUGGAUUUUCAGCACUAUCAAGUCCGUUGUUGGACGGCAGGGACACGCUGGAUGGAAGUGGUAUAAUAGAGAUUUCCAUAAUAAAUAAAAUAUUUAUCAGAAGUUGAAUUACAUUUCUUCAGUGUUAAAAUUUUUCAAGAAACUACGUUGCAUCUUCAAUCAAAUUCAUCUAAGUACUAGAAGUAAGUAGAAGAAGAGGAAGUCUUUCUUCACCGCAAAACCUUCUUCUAAGCUAAUGAUCUUUUGAAUAAAACAGCGCUUUCAUCACCCGGCGAAAGUGCCUCACCAGCUGGACAUAUGUCGGUUCUGCUCCAACAUCCUCGUGAGCUUGGGGAAAGCAGCGAGAAGCUUCAGGGACUUGAGCAAACCCAGAAGGCCCCAACUGCCUAUGGUGGGAGGAUAGAGCAGCAUCGUGUUCGGAGUCCCGCGCCAGUCAGAAGUCGUGUUUGGAGCUUGUUUUCGCCUUGGAGCAACGACGACUCACCUGAAACGUCGCGACAAAUAGCGGAGAGAAUCCUGCUGCCUCCACCAAGCUCGAACGCAGCGGUUCAAGGUGUAGUGGAUCUCGCUGAGCCUGCCCCACAGCAUCUGCAGCAAAUGCAGCAACAACUAUUUCCACCUCAGAGCAGCAGACGAGUCGAUGAGGAGGAGCAGCAUACACCACCGAAUCAUUAUCAACGCGACCAACAAGAUGCUGAAGAUCAGGUCGACAAUAUCGAUGCACUACUCAGGAAACAGCAGCAGGACUACGAUAGAAACAUCCUACAACAAGCGCAGAGAUUGCAAAACGCAUAUGAGCAGUUCGAUAUGGAAGCUUGGGACCGACAGCAUUUGCCAGAAGAAUUAGAUCCACAGCACCAUAGAAGUAGAGACGAGCAUCCGCCAAGCUCCUCACAGGCUCCUAGAAGUGUGAUCGUACCAGCAACGUCGCCAUCUAGGAGUAUUCCUUCUAGGUCUCCUGACGGUCGUGCUCGCCCAGUCGUUGAUCAAGCUUUAAUAGCUUCUGCCUUACAACAAGACUUUGAGUAUGAUAGGCAUCUUCUAGGAGAACCACCUGCGCGUAGUGUAGAUGCACGAGAACCGAAAGUGGUUUCCAGUGCAGUGACGAGUGGUGGAGGAGUUUUUGAUGGGGAUGAAGAUUAUUCUGCUGUUGGAUAUGGUUUUCAUGAGCCUCCAAGUAGGAGCUACCUUCCUCCAAGUAGUGCAACUGAAGCACAACUUGAUAAAGAAGCAGACGAGGUGGACCAUCUUCAAGUAGAAGAGCCUCUUUCAGCAACUGCAAAAAGACUAGGUGGAGUAGCGGAAGGGAACGCUAUGGAAAUAGGUGAACAACAAGAAGACGAAGUAAACAACUCUAUUGCAGCUCGCGUCGCAGCCGCUCCGAGUGCCUCAGCCACGACUCGUCUCAAUGAACAGCGAAAACAGCAUCCACAUGAUUCCUUUUCGUCCAGUAUGCCUUUGCCUGAUGUGCUAGGCGAAUUACCUCCAGGACCAGGAACUGUUUCGGCGGGACUUUUGGAUGUGAAGUCAAGUCCUCCACCUCCUGGAGAGCGAGAGUAUACUGGUGAUGUUGAGACUUCAUCACCACACACGAAAAUUAAGGCUCAGCUUUCAAUGGUCAUUGGGGUUGGUCACUGAGAUUCCUCUUGAGAGAACAGGGGAAAAUGAAGGAAAAGCAAAGGGAGAGGCUUGGUGCCCAUUUCUUUCAGAGUCAGUGACCAUUGAAUGCUGAGCUUUAAGAAAAAGUCGUCAUCUCCACCACCGCCAAGAAUACCAAUAACGCCACCACCUGUCGUGGGCAGAGUGAGUGCCGGUGCUCCUCGGAUUGUUGAGAUUCAAAAUGAGGAGAACACGACAACACCAAGAGCAUCCAUAUCAUCUUCGCCGACUACUACGGCUGUUUUUAGUCUUGAGAGGAAGGAAAAGCCAUCGGUUCUAUCCGCGACGAGAGGCACCAGUGCUCUGAAAAAAAGCGCAGAAAAUAGUACGUCGAAAUCCUCCAGCAAGAAGAGUGGGGAAGAAUCGCCGCAACAGGACCGAGCAACUUCAUCUCGCGCGCUGUCAGCAACCUCCUCUCGUGGUUUGUCCAGUCAGUCAUCCAUGGGCUCUUCUGGUGGUGUAUCUGCUAAGGGUGGAGGUGAAAUAAAGAAGAACCUAGGACGGAUCAAUUCUUUUGGGAAUCAACCUCCACGGUCAGGAGUAGCAAAUUCUUCUGUAGGCAAAGGUAGCAGGACAGAAGAAGCGACGGAGACGACAGGAACUCAGGGUAGCACUAGUGGUAAAAAAGGUAGUGGAAUGAAGGGAAGAAAAAGGUAGCAGAAAUAGUACCGCUUAUCAAUUUUUGAAUCAUCUUUGAGUUCUUCUUGUUUUUAAUUCAUUGUCCCACUUACUGAAUUCGCUCACGACUUUCUACAGAGCUCGCUCACGCUUAGAAAUUGUCCUAUCAACAACAAGUAACCGAUGUGAUUUCAAAUUCCAAUUUGGAGAAUUACCCAUUAAGAGAGACUAAAACGAAACAAACUGCAUGUGCAAUAGAUAGAGCACGGCUGAUACUUUUUGAGAUUGAUACGCAAGCAGCACAUGAACCUCAAUUUACGUCAUUCUAGAGCAGUCCGUAGUUCGAACGACAAUCACAAUAAGUUGUAUCUCACAAUACAAGGACAUCGUGCGCGCAAGUGCCAAAGGGGCCCUGACUAGCUGUGUCAAGUUUUACAACGUAUCUACUAUCAUCAUUUGUUCUUGUAUGAAACCAAAAUAUGUUGUCAUUAUCAAGCUUCUCAAUUAGAAAAGAGCGAUAAUGAUAACAGAUUUUCUUUUCAUAUCUUGCAUUCAACACGACUUCAACUAGAUUUUGGAUCGAAAUGAGACCAGUCUAGUACAUCACCAGUGACUGCCAGCACGACGCUAAUGAAAAUUUACGUUCCUACUCCUGCAUCCAUCUUCUUCUUCAGCAGUGAAUCAAGCAACAAAAUGAUGAAGGUUCUAGACUUCAUGAACAAGAUGAUCGAGUUCGAAACGACCCGUCUCUCGUUUCCCGCAACCGCAAUAUGUGCUGUAACAUGUUGUGGUAGGGGAAACAGACGAGGGGAAACGGACGAAGGUAAUGAACAACUCGACAGCAUAUAGUCAAGCUCAUGGACGUACUAGUGUCGCACUAAAUUCAUGCAC